AUGCUUGCGACGCUGGCGCAACUUGGCAAGAAGCAGAGAGCAAAGUGGGAAAAGCAGAGUGACGCCACGCCGCCUAAGGAAAAGGUGAAAUUUGCUGCGAGUUUAUACCAAAUGCCGGCGGUGUUGAUUAAAGCCGCAUUCACCGAAGCAAGGCACUGGUUUGGUUCCGAACUAAAACCUAUGAUAUAUUAUGGCGAUGCCAGCGAUCAUAACUCCGGCACGUCAGGCCAAGACUCGAUCAUAGGUUCGCACCGUCUGGAAAUAUUCUUAGAAGAGCAUCCCGAUAACGACCCAGAAACAUCAAAAAUAGUUAUUCUGAGCUCUUACGUUACAUACAAGAGGCGUGAAACUAUUGGUACCAAGAAGUUGAGGUCGCAGUUAAGCCAAGAGGACAGAGUGUUUCUCGCCUUACAUUUAGUGGAUUCGAAUAGCAGGCGUGGUCCCAACGUCGAAGAGCCAGACGAGGUCGACGAUUUCGAGCUACCGGAAAACCAGAUGGAGCGCCCUGAAAAGGUCGGCAGGGCCCCAAAUGAAUACGUCAUAUUGCGUCCUAGUUUUCCCUACAAGUAUCUCGCCGUACUAUGCGAUGAAGCCCAUGUGUUGACGAACAGACAUUCUUCGAUCCACAAGACUGUGAAGUGCCUAGAUAGGGCCCACCUCAUUCUAUGUACGGCCGCUCCUAUUAUAAACACGACGAUUGACCUACUAGCAUACGCCUUAUUGAUGUGGCCAAAAGCCAAACCCCCCAAGAUGCCAGCGGGAUUCUCUAUGAAUUCAUUCUACGGUCCCGGCGCUCUCCUAACCAAUUAUACCCACUCUGAUGUAGGGGAGAGAUACCUAUCUAGGGUCACUAAGAAAGGCGUAAGCCUGAAUACUAUGCUCCAGGACAUCGACACCUAUGCCGCUGAGUUGCAAGAAAACUUGUCAAGCGGGUCGGAAUCUACUGGCAAGGCUCCGCUCAUAGACCCUGGAGAGUACCCGGACGACUACGACGACAUCGUACUAUCCGCCGAAGCGGGCAGGAAGCCAUGGGUUUUUAACCCAUGUCACAUGUAUUGGGCGCAUCGUGAAUUUGAUGACAGCUUUUCGGAAUCACGUAAAUACGGUGGCGAUUUUUUAUCGGAAAUCGCGAUAAAGAGGGGUAUGAAUACCCAGCUAAAGUUACCUAACGGCAACAUUACCACCCCAAGCGACACCAUACCUGCCGCGAAAUCCGUCGUGUCCAACAUCCAAUUUAACGAGAAAGAGCAGGAGCUCUACUUAGAAAUCUAUAGGCAGAUGGCCAAUCGACUUUUCACGCCCGAACCCGAAAGCGGCGAAAAGCCAGACGCAGCACGUGGUCGGGAUUUAGCGCAACGCCGCAUCAAUUCGUUAGUUUGGCGGAUCUUAUUAUUGUCGGCGCUAGACGUGCAAGCAGUGGACUUGCUGCUACCAAACGUCAAAAAUAUAGCCUUCUCUACGGUCUUCGCCCCCCCUAAUCACAAUACGGGUCUGCAACUCCUCGGGGGGGCUACCCCGAAGAAAACCGCUGGCGGAAAGCAGAAAAAUACUGCAACGCUGGGUACGGAUCAAGUUGCAACACUAGCGACCAAGUGGGAUGAUGGGGGUGCCUCUUGGUUAUUUGAGACUCUGAAAGCCGGCGAAGAAUAUUCCCUGCCUACCCGCCGCUUCGCCUAUGUGCAGUGGGUCGCGGCCAUGUCACCGAUAACCGCCCGUGUCCUGAUAGAGGUUGCUGAGGGUAUGAAGGAGCCCAUCGGCCCUUCUGGUCUCCCCAACCGUUUCGUCGUGAUGGUCAUGAUGCCAUGGGCCCAGCAAUCGCUAGCCCUGGCGCUUGAGAUGUUCGGAUAUAACGUCAUAAGCUUACGAGCAGGCCAUUCGAUGGCCAAGAGGAAUCGUUUCGUCGAAAAAUUCAACGAUCCGAAGUCUGACGUACAAAUCUUAGUCAUCUCGAUGGAGCUCUCUGCGUUCGGACUUAAUUUGCACAAGUCAUGCGCGAGGGGUAUCAUCGUUCAAUGGCCAUGGUCGGCCAACCAUCUCAUGCAGAUGUUGGGUCGUUUGCCUCGUAUUGGCCAACAGAGACCGGUAAGAUGGACCAUCUAUACGAUGCCAGGGACCCUCUGCGAUAGAAUGGAGACCAUAAUUUGGUCAAAGUAUGUCCGACAACCCCCCAUCGAUGGCAAGAUCUCCGCCCACCUAAACGACACGAUCGACCCCUUACACCAAUGUCAAAAGUUAUCAGUCUUUUUUGGGGAUUUGGGUCAGAAGCUCAUAACAGAGCUCAAACAAGGCUGUGGCGAUGCAACUAUCACAUUGAUAAAAAAUCUCGACAAGAGAACCCCUGGUGACCUCGUAGCAGGUGCUGUCAUAUACGCGAGAUACCAUUAUGACAAUGAUGCCUAUCCCGAGCUGUCAUGGGAGUGGCUCAGCCAGGUGUGCAUGGUCUCUCAGUUGACCAUGAAGUUGGACGAAGAAUGGAUAGGUGCCUUCUUACCGGACACCAUCCUACGCUCUCUAAGAGGGGAAGAGAAACGCGAUCGGGUCGAACGAACAAAGUCUUCCAAAGCGGAGUUGAAGAAGCUUAUACCUGAUGCCACCGAAAUUAGCGACGAAGGCAAUGAGUCCGAGAGAUCCGACAUGGACAGCAACGAUUCGGAGCCCACGAGUAGCAAGAGAAAGCAAAACGAGGAGGAAUCAUCUUCGAGGAAACGCGCAAAGUCCUCUGACGAAACGGAAGAUCAAGAAGGACAAGAGUCGCAGUUGAACGACGAUUAAGUCGCUAUCGAGAUAGCGGAGUAGAUGGCCGAACGCGGUUUGUAGCAAGGAACGGGAAAAGGGGGUGGGGUACUUAGAUUGUAUGAGGUUCAGGAAAGACCACAAUUUACAAAACAUGUAAUGGGCCGCAUUAUUCAUAGUUCAUACCCAAGCCCUUAAGGCUGGCAUUGCAAUGUUUUAUUAAAAAUCCUCCAGUUAUUCCAUCAAUAUGGUCUGUAUUUUCCUAUGUUGCCUUGGUUGCCUUGUGUCGCUCCCUAACCUUAUCAAGUAACAUCUUGGCCUCGGGGACCUUAAACUCGUUUGGAUUAUAUUUCUUCGGUAAUUGCUCACCUCGGAAGCAAGGCAAGCCCUAUGGUUUUUUUUUGUUUUUUUUUUAAAGUAAAUGACGUAUAGGCUAGCAAUUAGAACUACUUACGAUUAACCAUUGUGGAGGUAAAUAAUCUAGUUCGCCGUGAGAUGCGAUCGGGAGGUGGAGAGCAUGGAUGCGGCGCGGAGAUAUCAUC